AUGCCCCCCUCGAAGCCAAAGCCUUCAGAGAUCGCCGCUGAGGCGAAGAAAACUUACGUCCCUUAUAUACGCAGUGCAUGCCCGCAGUGGCCAGCUACUUCGUACUUAUGCCAUUCGGAUUCUCUACGAGAUCAGCCAAUUAGGGAAUCAAGACAGUAUACAUUUGGUAGCUUUUAUGAACGAGAUCCCGUGGAUCUAGCUCUUGAAUGGACGGCCAGCGAGAAUGAUCGACCCAUUCCAGUCAUCAUGCCGGCACAUGAAAGGCGACCAGGUGGUGAUUGGGAAGCUGGUGUUAUGCAACCGGAAGAAUGCUUAGCCAGACGAAGCACUCUAUAUACUUGCUUAACGACACCAGCCUCAGAUAACAUCACCUCGAAUAAUUACCCUAUUCCCGAACGAGCUGGUAUUAUCUCUCAGAACUUGUUUUUCCGCAAUGGACCAGAAAAGUAUGAGCCGUGGUCAGAAUACAAAUCACUGCCCAUAAUUUCUGUCCCUACCGUCAAGCGUCCUAAGCUUGAUAGCUCAGGCAAAAAGUACUCUUUUAAAACGGAACGGGAAUUGAUGAAAGCUUCCAUUAAGACCGCCUUGCGGAUUGCAAUUUUCUACGGUUAUGAUAAGAUUGUAAUCGGAACGUAUGGGCUUGGCCCAGGUUUCAAGAAUCCACCAGAAGAAGUUGCAAAUAUCUGGCGUGAGCUGCUCGUUCGUGACAACGAGUUCAAUCAGCAGUUUUCAGCCAUCAUCUUUGCCUUUGAGCCAUGUGAAGGUCCCGGAGGCUCCAGCUCCAGCAGUCCAAGUUCCUCAUCAAAAAGUUCAAAGUCAUCAAGCUCAAGUAACAAAACUUGUUUCACUCACGAACUCGAAAUUUUCAGGCAGACGUUCAAGCCAGCAAAUCUCCAUGGCGCGUUCAAGGCUUGA